CUCCCGCUCUCUCUACGCCCGCGGUCCCCGGGAGAUAUUGUCAUGCAAAAGCCCCCUCCGCCGUGAGCCAUUGUCCGCCCGCUAUAUACGGGGCGCGGCCGUGCAUGGAGCGCCGGAGGUAGCGCGGGGGGGGCCCGGGCCGGGGCCUCGAGGUCGCUCCAUGUUCGCCAUGGAUUACUCCUACCUCAACUCCUACGAUUCCUGCGUCGCAGCCAUGGAAGCUUCAGCCUACGAAUUCAGUCCUUGCAGUCAACCCGGCGGUUUCCAAUACAGCCCCAUGCGGGGAGGUUUCGGGGCCGCCCCCCCCUGCCCUCCUCUCUCUACCGCCAACUGCGCUCUGGGGGCUCUGCGCGACCACCAACCCUCGCCCUAUUCCGCAGUUCCCUACAAAUUCUUUUCGGACCCUUCGGGCAUCAACGAGAAACGAAAGCAGCGGCGGAUCCGCACCACUUUCACCAGCGCUCAGCUGAAGGAACUCGAGCGCGUCUUCGCCGAGACUCAUUACCCCGACAUUUACACCAGGGAGGAGCUGGCCCUCAAAAUCGACCUGACGGAGGCGAGGGUGCAGGUUUGGUUCCAAAACCGCCGCGCCAAAUUCCGCAAACAGGAACGCGCCGCCAAUUCCAAAGCAGGGGGGGGAACAGCCGGGACCCCCAACCCCAAAAAACCGGAGCCUCGCUGCUCCUCGGAGGACGACGACUCCAAAGAAUCCAACUGCAGCCCCACUCCCGACAGCACCGCCUCGCUGCCCCCCGCCAUGGGCAGCCCAGGGGGCAGCCUGAGCCCCAGCCCCGGCGCCGGGCAGGGCUUGGGGGGCGCGGGGCAGCCCCCGAAAGCGGCGGGUUGGCCGGGGGUGGGGGGCGCAGGGGGGGCGGCGGAGCUGCUGAAGGCCUGGCAGCCGGCCGAGGCCGUGCCCGGACCUUUCUCCGGAGUGCUGUCCUCCUUCCAUCGGAAACCCGGCGGCCUCAAAGCCAACCUCUUCUGAGCGGCCCCAAAAACGCCCCCCGGCACCCCGCAAACUGGUGGCCACGGGGCUCCCGCUGCGCCCCAAAAGUGACGGCGGAGCCCCGAAACACAGCCUCCAAAAAGGGCCGAGCUCCGACCCCAUUGAGCUCUGACCCCACCGAGCUCCGACCCCAUUGAGCUCCGACCCCAUUGAGCUCCAACCCCAUUGAGUUCCGACCCCAUUGAGCUCCAACCCCAUUGAGCUCCGACCCCAUUGAGCUCCGACCCCACUCAGCUCCGACCCCAUUGAGCUCCAACCCCACUCAGCUCCGACCCCAUUGAGCUCCGACCCCAUUGAGCUCCAACCCCAUUGAGUUCCGACCCCAUUGAGCUCAGACCCCAUUGAGCUCCGACCCCAUUGAGCUCCGACCCCACUCAGCUCCGACCCCAUUGAGCUCCGACCCCAUUGAGCUCCGACCCCAUUGAGCUCCGACCCCACUGAGCUCAGACCCCAUUGAGCUCCGACCCCACUCAGCUCUGACCCCAUUGAGCUCCGACCCCAUUGAGCUCCGACCCCAUUGAGCUCCAACCCCACCGAGCUCCGACCCCAUUGAGCUCCAACCCCACUGAGCUCAGACCCC